CUUUUAAAGGGCCAUUGGCCGACUUCAGUCAUUAUAUAAAUAACUUUUUUUUUUUAAAUACCACCCAGUUGCUGUCAAGUCCCACUACAGUCAUUAGAUCAAUUAGGGCUGUACUGUUAGUAUCAUGUAAUUAUCAUGUUCCACUUCAAAUCUCAUGCAGAAUAGAUACUUGUCAUCUGGUGAACACCUUCAACAACAUCAAAUACCCCCCUCCCCUCCCCUCCCCUCCCCUCUAUGAUUUACAAACUGAGAACGUUACAUUUGGCCAUAGCCAGAGGAAGGAUAACCUAAGGUAGCAGGCGUCGGUUUACGGGCUUCGUCUCUUCUGCUAUCCUUUCCCCCUAAACGGGAUGCUUCCGGUUUCAGACACCCAGCUGAGGGUUUAAGGACGGAAAAGUGAGGCUGGGUAGGUGGAGCUAAUACGCAGCUGCUGAAACUCGUCAAAAAAAAAAAAAAAAAAAAAAAAUUGCAGGGCAGGAUUUGGAAACCGAAUGAACUGUGAGCAGAGGUCUCUUCACAAGACAUGGACGCCGGCCGUCAAGUGUCCUUAUGUAACGCAGCGAUCACGAAAACAACAGGAUGCUCAACAGAUUCUCGACGAAUCUUAAGCCUGUUGUAUUUGAGAUGAACUUAGUAUAGCGCUCUCCGUCGUCUAUCGAAGAGAUCGGAUAUUACUCCUGGACAUGUUAUCCGUUCUGGAGCGAUUUGGAAUUGAAAUACCUAUUUCCACUUGAUUCGGUUGUUGAGGUGACAUACGGUACUGUAUCUCUAAAUAUGAGAUUGGGGGGGGCACGUAACUGACGGUGGGAGCGUGAUGGACAAGAAGUUGCCAUAGGCGACUUUUCUAUGGGACUUGUAUUCCACACAUGCUUGCAUUGGAAGGACAAGGCAGAUCGACGGGGGGAUAGCGUGGUCCACUUGAAUCCCUGUGUCGCCCGAGUUGGUCAACAGCUUUGGAAACACCAUUCAACAACAGUGAAUCGCGGACUCAUAUUCCCAAAACGAGUCGAGCAAAUAACAGACGGAAUAAUUUGUUUUAACAUUUAUUAUUUUUUUGGUGUGGUUAUUUUUUUCCUAAUCACAACAGUUUGUGCCCACUGAAUUAAACCACUAUAUAGCUCGGUUGCGUCACUUCAUCGCGCGGGCUGGAGAACAAGAAGUUGUUACGUUGUUGUUGUAAUGUUGUUACAACUCUGUUGGGGAGGACACCCUCUGAUGCGUUCUUUCCCUGCGACAUGUGAUGACAUCCCUCGUUGCGCUCGGUGUUUCUGAAAACCCCUCUCUCGUCUUCUUUAUUCGAACCGGAGGAGAUCAGAGGACAGUUGCUGUCUAUUUCGGGCUUGCAGCUCGUUUUGCGUGAUGUACGACAGUGAGGAUGUGGUGGGACUCACCCCUAGUCCGAACCGUUUUUUAACUAUGGAUUACUUCCACCAGAACCGAGGAUGUCUAAUCCCCGAUAAGAGCCUCGUACCUGCGGCGCACCGUCCCUUCAGUUCGUCCAUCAGAAAUCAACACUGGAAUGGAUCAAACCACUCCAUAGAGACCCAGAGCACCAGCUCGGAGGAGAUAGUCCCCAGUCCUCCCUCGCCGCCUCCUCCCCCGCGAAUCUACAAACCCUGCUUCGUUUGUGCGGACAAGUCCUCGGGAUACCACUACGGGGUCAGCGCCUGCGAGGGCUGCAAGGGUUUCUUCCGGCGAAGCAUCCAGAAGAACAUGGUGUACACCUGUCACCGAGAGAAAGGCUGCAUCAUCAACAAGGUCACCCGCAACCGCUGCCAGUACUGCCGCCUGCAGAAGUGUUUAGAAGUGGGCAUGUCCAAGGAGUCGGUGAGGAACGACAGGAACAAGAAGAAGAAGGAGGAGAAGAAGCCAGAGUGUACGGAGAUCUACGUGCUGAGUACCGAGACGGAGCAGAUGAUCGAACGCGUUCGCAAGGCCCAUAAGGAGACUUUUCCCUCGCUCUGUCAGCUGGGCAAAUACACCACGAAUAACAGUGCAGAGCACCGCGUGGCUCUAGACGUAAACCUGUGGGAUAAGUUCAGUGAGCUGUCCACGAAGUGUAUCAUCAAGACGGUGGAGUUCGCCAAACAUCUGCCAGGCUUCACCACGCUCACUAUCGCUGACCAGAUCACCCUGCUCAAGGCUGCCUGUCUGGACAUACUGAUUCUGAGGAUCUGCACGCGCUACACUCCAGACCAGGACACCAUGACCUUCUCAGACGGGCUGACCCUGAACAGGACCCAGAUGCACAACGCAGGCUUCGGCCCGCUCACAGACCUGGUGUUCGCCUUCGCCCAGACACUCCUCCCUCUGGAGAUGGAUGACGCCGAGACCGGCCUGCUCAGCGGCAUCUGUCUGCUGUGUGGAGACCGCCAGGAUCUGGAGCAGGCAGACAAGGUGGACGUACUACAGGAGCCCCUACUGGAGGCUCUGAAGAUCUACGUGAGGAAGAGGAGGCCUCACAAACCGCACAUGUUCCCCAAGAUGCUGAUGAAGAUCACGGACCUCAGGAGCAUCAGCGCCAAGGGAGCGGAGCGAGUGAUCACUCUGAAGAUGGAGAUCCCAGGCUCCAUGCCUCCUCUCAUCCAGGAGAUGCUGGAGAACUCAGAGGGUCUGGAGGGCCAGGGGGCCAGCGGGGGCCGCUCCAGCGGAGGAGGGGCCCCACCAGGCAGCUGCAGCCCCAGCCUGUCCCCCAGUUCAGCUCGCAGCAGCCCCCCUGCACCCUCCCCUUAGACGGGGGUCCACCACCACCCCCCAGACAGGGACAGCCAGAAGGCGUGACUACAGACUCCCACACUGUGACAAACCAGGCCAGAGUGGAGUGGGGUUAGGAAGAGGGCCAAGCCUGGGCCCAACCAAGAUGGACUUUGACACUUUGGGGGCAAACGUAGGCCUCGAUGGACAGCCGUCCCCCCCCACUCCCCCUAUCUCAGACCCAGACCGGGCACCGAAACGGGGCCGAACCCGACCCCAUCAUACUUGACUGAACAAUAGGGGGGGCACUAUCCCCAUCACCCCCUCACCACAACUAUUAGACAUGCCUCAGAACCAGCACCAGGGAACGGCUGCCCUGCCGCACAAGGAGUUUAAUCUGAGAUGUUCUGUUUUACUCUCCUCAGUGACGACUCUCUGUUCCUCCUCUCUCCCCCUUAAGACAUUGGAGAGGAAUUCAGGCUCGGUGCCCGUCAGACCUGGGGUGAAGGGGUCGACAAGACACACGUCUUUCUGCAGGGAACUAGACAGACAGACGGACAGCUAGACAUUGGGCACGAGUCAUCCCUAAAUGUUGUCAGGGACAGCAAACGGGGGGGCCCGAAGGGGGGGUGCCUGCCUCACCUUCUCCUAUACAAGAGACAGAUUUUUUUUUCUUACAAAAGAUAUAUGGAAAUAUAAAUAUAUAUAUUGAAAAAGUUUGCAAUUUGAAUUGUCCAGGUGGAAUGAUGCAUAAAAGGGGAGUUGCUAUCUUUUUUCCAAAUGUUUUCCCUCACUGUUCUUUCGAACUUGUGACCCCCCCCCCCCCCAACACCUCCCCAGACCUAGUGUUUUGUUCUCUCCGUUUCACCCAGGAAUAUCGGCACACUAAGUAGUCACAGUGGAAAUUUGUUUUUUUUUCUUCUCCUCUAUCAAAUCAAUAGAUAAGUAGAACAAAAAUGAUUUUCAGAUGCAAUUCACUUUAUGCACUAGACCUCUUGCACUGUCAUGUUCACAGGUUGGAUCAAAUUGAUACACAAAACACAAAUUGGACCAGGUUGGGUUGGCAUCUCUCUGUUCUGUUCCGUUUACAGUAUUUAGUUUUUUUUUCGUGGGUGGAAAAUAAAAGAAAACAUAGUGGCUCUAAUGAUGGAGAGUCAAGUCGUUGUGGAGUUAUGAAGAUGCUCUGUGAGAUAAUAGCAGCCGUGACAAAAUGUACAUAAGAUGUAUUCCUUCUUUUUAAAAGUACACGGAGUCUAGACCUUUUUUUGACAUUGUCAAAGCCUUUUAUGUUCAGCUUUUUUGUUCUCGUUUUGGUUUCUGCAGUGAAGGCAUUGAUCACGACAUCGACUGUUUAGACCACCUAAGGAAGGGGCUGACUUCUAGGACCACUACGGCCGUUGACAACCAGUAAAGAGUUACAUUUCCACUUCACCUGAAAUAAAAUGGAAAGAUUUAUGACAAUUUGUUGACCCGACAACUCCGUGAUCCCCUUCUCCCCCUCUUUUCCCAAGGUGGUCCCUCCCUCAUUCCACGUCUGGAUAGUGUAUGUUACCCCCCCCUAACACCACUACCUCUGUGCAUGUUCUCAAUAUCUAUGCCCCCCCCCCACCACCGUCAGUCCCAAACUGUCCUACGUUACCAGUAUGCUCACAACACCACUGCCUCUGUAUGCAUACAUGUUCCCCACCUCUCUCUAGCCCCCCCCCCCCACCACCACACAACACAACAGCACUGCCUCUCUAAGUCUGUUUCACAGUAUCAGCACCUCUCUCUCUUUAUCUAUCAUGACAAUGCAACUGCCUCUGUUUUUACACACAAUCAGUAUUUAUCUGCCUGUCAUCCCGGACUCUUGUGACACAUCCGAGUACCUAGCUGUUCCCUAGCCUGGCCUUGGAUCAGUUUGUGCUGUCUUGCCAAUGCAUGACAACGAAACAGGAGUGGGUAAGACCGCACAAACUGAUCUGGUAUCAAGGCGAGCUAUUCGCCCCGCUCUCUAACCGCUGUUUACACACUAGUGUGACUUACACAUACCCAUCUCCUUUCCCCCCACGACUUCACUGCCUCUGCUGUUCAGUAGCAGUGGACCUGUCCUUCACAACGGAUCGAACGGGGCCAACCUCACUGCAGCCAGUAUGACAACGCACAACUGCCCCUCCCCCACACCCCCUUGCACUCACUUGUAAUGCAAUCGGAUGCACAACCAGCAUUUGCGGAUAAAAUAAAUAAAUAACUGUUUUGAUUAUGCCAGAUCAUUGGACAAAGAGAAUAGUGUUUAAUAAAGAACCAUGUCUGUGUGUUUUUAUUAGAUUUUUAUGUUUCUUAAUUAACUGGGUGUGGGUCCACCAUUUAUACGUUUGUGGUGGGACUUUAAAGAGCAGCAUUUUGGUGGACCUGGGAUUAUAGCAGGUCUCUGUUGCAAAAACAAAAAAAAACAAUACAAGAUUCAGACACCCUUUAAUGGUUAUACUACAGUUUUCUUCCCUUGGCCCCUCGAUUUAGUUCAGACAAUACACGGAGUGUGUAAAACAUUAGGAACAACUAUUUCCUGACAGACUGCCCUAUGUGAAUGUUAGGAUCUCUUACAGAUGUCACUUGUUAAAUCCACUUCAAUCAGUGUAGAUGAAGGGGAGGAGACAGGUUCUAAGAAUGAUUUUUGUGCCAUUUGAGGGUGAAUGGACAAGACAAAAUGUUUAAGUUCCGUUGGGUUAUGAGAAUAUGAAAUACACUUAUUCGUGUCACUGAGGGAGACUAGGGGAAUGUAAUAGUGUUCACCUUCUGUCCGGAUAUGUUAUGGUUGGCUAUCAAGGAUGCUGUGGGAGCAGAAAAGAGUAAGUCUGGUACGAGUCAACACGACCCCCGUGAGUUGAGGAGGAGUGAGCACUUUGGGGCAGAGGUCAGGUCAGAUGGAAGUGCGGAAGAACGGAUAUCACUAAGGUUCUGCCUAGCAACAGCGAUGCAUUGGCUGUUCAGAUGUGUGGGAGGAGACUCGCCAUAGGAGAAAGGGUUAAACAUCGGUGCUGGUGUGAAUGUGUAUUUUGUCUUACGCAGCUGUAUUGACCCAAUGGGUGAAUAAACUUGGUUUAAGCUUUA